ACACGUCUGGCGCGUCUGGCGUGCCUCCAGUGCAUCGCAGAUCGCAGCACGUCAUUGUCAAUGUCGUGCACGACGACGACACUAAUCUUAUCAAAACAUUACUCGACAUUAGCGUACAUUUCUGAUCAGCGUACAUCGCCCAGUAAUUGAUGGCCGAACGGUGAGCGCAAUACUCAUAAUUCGCUUGAAUCCGUGCAUUUUAUUGAAUGGCUUUGGUUGCGGGCUUUGGCUAUGCAUGAAAUGUAACUAACAGGAGAAUUUUGGAAGGUUUCAGCUGGCAAAGAGCAGAGAAAAGUUCAUACAAUGGACAUAGAUAAUACAAACAAUGAUCAGAUGGAGAAUGCUGGUGGUGUUGAGAUUGAGCAAUCCCUCCUGCAGCAAUUCAGCUGUAUGGGUACAUCGGACAAAGAAGAGCUUGUAUCACAGUUGCAAAAAGUCAUUGGACCUCAAUUGAAUUAUAGUUCAGCUGCAUUUUUUCUUGAUAUGAAUAAUUGGAAUUUACAAGGUGCAGUUUGUUCAUACUUUGACAUUGAACACUCCAGCAAAUUACCUUCAAUGGCGUUAGCUUCCGAUCCCCAUGCGAGUGAAAAUGAGAAUAUUGAGCCUAAUACAAGUUUUCGAAAAACGUGGAACGUAUACAACAAUGGAACCGAACCAUGGCCAUCGGGAUGUCACGCACAAUGCGCGGACUCGAACCCAUUCACUGGCGGCGUGCAGUUGGUUGGCUGCCUGCAGCCUGGUGAAGGUGCCCCAAUUACCAUCGAGAUGGUUAGCCCUAGCAAACCCGGAACAUACCAGAGCAAGUGGCGACUACGCACGGCCACUGGCUCGUACUUUGGUGAUCCGAUGUGGUUGAUAAUCACUGUUCUCGAGGAGGGCACGAUGGAUCUCACCGACCAGCUUUCACAGUCUCACCUCGCAGAUCCAGAUUUUCUUACCAACAACGUGCCGCCCAUUAUGCAUCCCAAUUUAAAUCCAAACUCAAGUGACGACCCGAGUAUGUGUUAACAUAAACUUUCUAUGUGCGAGUGCCAAAUCGAUGAAAUAUGAGAACACUUUUUAAGAAACUUUUGUACAAAUAAUUUUACGAUUGCGGCGACGUAGACGUACGUGUUGGCGGUGAACAUUGCACUACUGUUAUUGAAAUAUUAAAGUUUAUCUACAUAAUUUGCUUUACAUUAAACUUAAAGAAUAAGUCGAAAAUAUAUCUUCCAUUUUUAAGAGUGAA